AUUCAUUGGGGCAACCGUUGCGGGGCGCCAAGGCCCUGACGUGGGACGGUAGGCCGCUAACAUCCCCUCUUUUCGGCCCUGAGGUACCCCGGCCUGGUGGCCCCAGGACGUUCCCGUCGGAUGGCGGAAUGCUGUGAACGACGCCCAUGAAGCCGGUGGUCCUAGUUGCGCUGUGGCUAUGGCCUUCGUACCUGCUGGCGUAUCCAACCAUAACUGUGUUGCCCGAUGAAGAGCAGAAUUUGAAUCAUUAUGUACAAAUUUUACAGAACCUCGUAAUGAGCGUUCCCACCAGGGAGCAGAGCUUUGGGAAAAAGUUGAAGUCCUCAAGAACUGUGGAUGGUGCAGAGCCGAGGUCACUGGCGUCUGAGGUGCUACUCACCCCCGGGUUAGUCUCCGCUCAAGAAAUCACCCCUGAGACCGACGUUCUGAUCAGGCCCAUGGAGGAUAAGACAACUUUUUCUUCGAGUGGCUUCACGCUGGGGAUAGAGAGGAGAAAGAGAACCGAAAGUACAGCAUUCUGGUCCAUCCAGCCAAACAACGUUUCUAUCGUUUUACACACGGAAGAACCUUUUAUUGAAAAAGAGCCGGAGCCGGAACCGGAACUGGAUUCUAGGCCGUUUACUACUGAGCCGGAGCCGGAGCCAGAGCUGGAGCCGGAGCCGGAGCCGGAGCCGGAGCUGGAGACUGAAUCCCGGCAAAUGUCAGAGGAAGAGGUAGAGACUAGCACACGGCAAAACAAGCUGCUAACGGGGACCUCACGGAUGUCAUCCAUGGCCACCCAGCCAACGAACACCCGGGUAACACGUAUUACUGUAACAGCAAAGACCACCAGCAGCAUGGACGUCUCCACUGACUCUGAGGAUGUGCCCCAGCUCUCGGGCCAGUCGGAAAUCCCGAGUGCUGAAGACCUCUCUGGACGUCACUCACUGAAUCCGAGACAUGAGAGUAUUUUGAGAAAAAUUUCCGAUAUUAACGCACAGAUUCAGCGGGGGCUUGCUAGUGACCGUAGCAGUCCCGAGUACAGGGAGUUCAUCAAGGCCUCCAGGGAUCACCUGAAACGCAGCCUGGCCCUGGCCGCAGCCGCUGAACACAAGUUGGAACAGAUGUACGGAUCUAACGUCUUCCCAGAGGGACGGACCAGCGACCCAGACGAUGACAUGGAGAUGAUUUUCAAUAUGCUGUACAAUUCCAGGUCCAAGUUGUCAGAUUAUUUCAAUAUUAAGCAUGUACCAUCAGAGCUGAGAGAAAAGGCUACCGUCGUGAUUGCUAUGUUGAAAAAAAUAUUAUGUGUAGAUCAGGCAGAAAUGCAGAGCCUCAUUAAGAAGCUGUUGAGCAAUAAUAUGAAAAUCCUAAAUAUUCUUAAUGUCCCAUGACCAAAUUUAUUUAAGCAAAGGGCUUGUUCACAGGAAAAUAAGCAUAGUGAUUUCAAAAGUUGCCUAAAAUAUUUUCUACUAUAUUUCUAUGUGCUAACACCCUUAUGUGUCAUAGCAUAAAAUAUUUUCAUAUGCACUAAAAUCCUACCAAUUUUAAAAUAAAAAUUUGCUUCGU